GAAUUAAAGAUAAUCAUUUGAACUGUACGAUCUGGUUUGUUUACAGCUCUAUUGAUCUCCGUGAACGCUACAGUUGUUAUCAAGAGACAUUUGAUAUGAUAUUAAUUUAAUUCAUUUUAAAAACAAAUAUAUUCAAUAUCAUAGCAAUAAAUAUUGACAUUAACAACAAACCGGAUAAACGGUAUUAAGUUUAAGAAACAUAGGGUAUAAGAAAUCAUUCGCCCACCCUCAAGUUCAAUUUCCGCCAUUUAUGGACUUUUUUUUUUUAAUUAUUGUUUUGCGUGAAAGACUUAUAAAAUCUUAUGCUAUUGUCUCUCAUGGAAGUGCAUCCUAAUUUUUACUCAAUCGUUGAGUAAAAUUAAGUAAACCAGUUCCCGUGGUCCCAGCAUAGGAAAAACCAAUGCUAUUUACGAUUCGAAAUAGUUGAAACAAACUCUUCACACUAAAAUGAGUCAUAUGUGCCAGACAAAAAGCUUCAAUUUGGUUGUACUACGGUGCUGUUUGUGAGCCUAUAGUAUUAUCUUUUUCCUCUCAGACUGGCAAAUUGCUUGAGAUGGCUUGAGUCAUUCGUCCGACAUACUAGGUGAUGUUAAAACGUGUUACUUCAGAUGUCAACUUGAUAUUUAUAUUGAUUUUGUAGAAUUUAAAGUGAAAUUUGAAGAAGCAAAAGAAAAAAAAACACCAGUGUGAAUAAAACAAGUGUAAAUUUCAUCAUGAAAGUGUUUAUUAGUCUCACAGUAUGCUGUUUCGUGUUAAGCGCGGAUUCACAAAGCAGCUUCCGGACACAGAAUCAGUAUCCCAAAUACGAUUCCACAAUCAAUUCAGAUCAAAUUUAUUUUGACGACAACCGACCUAGUGGCUCUAUUAAUAUUCAAAAGGAAUUAUCUAAUUUAAAUGGAUUGACGAUUGGAACAAAAAUACCGAUUAUUAACCCCAAUUUCGGAGCUCCGCAAUAUAGUCCUUAUGCAAACAAUGUUAUAAUUCAACCGUCAAUACAAACUUAUAACCAAGAAACCACCAAAAUCGUUCCUCAAAAGUCCGGCACACCAGCUAAAAAGAUGACAGAUACGUUUUUUCAAACGCAAGUAACACGACCCGAGAUCGAUAGUGUCGAUUAUGCUAUAACACAUUUUGGAAUAAAUAUAUUUAAGCAAAUAACAAGCAGUCAGCCAGGUAACAUGGUGGUAUCUCCAUUCUCCAUCACGACAUUAUUGGCUCUUCUUCAACAAGGCGCUACAGGAUCCACUUUGGAUCAGAUCAGUGCAGCUUUGCAUCUAGCACCAUUAAAGACUUCAGAGGUAUUUAGGAAUGUCAUGGAAAACGUACAAAAACGUAAAUCUCAGAAUAUACUUAAAACGUUGAAUAACAUAUUUGUGGCCGAAACGUUCAACCUCAAUCGUGAUUUCGAGAGAAUUGCAAAAAGCUAUUUCGGAAGUGAUGUAACUCUCAUGAAUUUUGGAAGACCCGAUGUGGCCAUACAGAGGAUCAAUAACUGGGUAGGCGCAAUGACAAAUGGUAAAAUAGAAAAUUUAUUAUCACAAGAUGCCAUUAGCCAGAAUUCGCAGCUGGUUCUCGUCAACGUGGUUUACUUUAAAGGAUUAUGGCAGAUCCCGUUUAGAACGGAAUCAACUGUACCGCAACCAUUUCUUUUAAAGGGUGGAAUACAGAAAACUGCACCAUUCAUGAGAACGAGACGCUACUUCAGAACGGGCUUGGAUCCCAUCACCAACGCGAAAGUUAUCUCCUUGCCGUUUGAAAAAGACCAAUAUUCGCUUUUGGUUGUUUUACCGCAUGAACAAUCUGACAUCGACACACUGAUUUCUAGAUUAACAGUGGAACAACUUAUCGCUUACCAAAACUUCACAGCAAUGGAUGUUGAACUGGAAUUGCCUAAAUUUACAGUAAAGGGGGAUACUGAUUUAGUGCCGGUAUUCAAUAGGAUGGGAAUAUCAAACAUGUUUAGUAAUCGCGCAGAGCUAUUUGGCUUAGGAACCUUUAGAGAGUUUUCUCCGCAAGUUUCGUCCGCUGUGCAUUCGGCAGUACUGUCCAUUGAUGAAAAGGGUGGUUCUGCAGCUGCUGCAACAUCUUUUGGUGUUGUAGCGUUGUCUUUCGAUGAUCCUGCAGUAGUCUUUAAAGCGAACAGACCCUUCUUAGCCGUACUAUGGGACACUGCUCUAAGCUUACCUCUGUUUAUGGCUAAAAUUGAAGACCCCACAGAAUAAUCACGAUUGAUAGUCUAUUGAAGAUAAAUUACCAUCUUGAAGUAAAUACAAUGUAUUUGUAUUUACGAAUAAAGCUUUUUAUACUAAUUUUGAUAUAA